AGAGGGGAAUUGCUGGAGAGCAAUUAGGCAAGGCUGGAAUUAUUAGUCCCGCCCAUUAAUGCGACGGUUGCGGCGGCAGUAUGGAACAAAAUGCGCGGGAGACGUAAUUUGUAAAUGUUCACUUGUGUGGGAAGGACUCCAUCUCCCAUAGUGCACUGCGGGUCAGUCAGCGGAAGGGGCGUCGAAGCGCUGAACUCAAGAGGGGAUUCAACCACGGAGCAACGCCGCCGCACGCUUUGUCUCGAGCUCUAAGCGUCUUUACUGGUUUCCUUUUUUUAAAAAGGCGAAAAAAGACUGGAAGGCCGUUUGUGUGUAGGGAGGGUGGGGAAAAUACUCCGAAGCGGAAGUGACGUCAGAUAGGCCGGAAGGAUCGCGGGAGCGUGAAGGGAACAGCGUCCCCGUUCUGCUUCCGAGGUCAGAGGUCGCGCGGCUGACUGAAGAGGCUGGUCACGAUGCUGAUCAAAGUGAAGACACUCACCGGGAAAGAGAUUGAGAUUGACAUAGAACCCACAGACAAGGUGGAGAGAAUAAAGGAGCGAGUGGAAGAAAAAGAGGGAAUCCCGCCACAACAACAGCGACUCAUCUACAGCGGCAAGCAGAUGAACGACGAGAAAACGGCCGCCGACUACAAGAUCCAGGGCGGCUCUGUGCUCCAUUUGGUCUUGGCGCUACGAGGUGGAGGCCUGCGAUGAUAGCGCACCCGUCCCUCAGCACGUCCCCCUCUCCCUCCCCCCCUCCCCACAAAGGACAGAUCUGCCGUUUGCGUGUGGGACACCGCCAGGCUGCGCAUAGCUACCCUCCCAAACCCUUUCUUCCUCCCGGAUCCAGGAAGAAAAUGGCCGCCGCUGCCGCCCACCACUCCAGAGAUCUUCCGCAAGCUGUCAUUUGAGGGAGGUGCCAUUUAGCAGGGGCAUUGGGGGGGGGAGUCCAGGGUUUGUUGCCUUCCUGGGGGAUCCCGCAUCCCGCCGGCCCCGAUCCUCAUGCAUUUCCACCCCGGCGACUUCUCAAGUGCUGCCUGUGCUCGUUGGCUGUGUUUUGCCUCCCCUCGUUCAAAUGUCCUUCUCCCUGCCCACUCCCCCUUCCCGCAGUUGAAAUGGCUAAAUGUUAAAUAAAGGUGUUUCACGUGG